UCCCCUCCCUCCAUCUCUCUCUCUCUCCUCUUUCUCUCUCUACAGUUACUUCACUCGCACGCAACACUUCCUCUUGAAACCAAGGCCUAAGAGGUUACUGUUCCAUUACGGUUUUCUCCUUCGCACGCCAAGAAACACAUUUUCCUUUUCUGGCAGAUUUCACUUUCCUCGUAUAUUAUCUCCCUCGAUUUUUCACAUAUACCCACAAAAUCUUCUUCGAUCUUCUCCAAUACCCAGAAUCUAAUUUCCCCAAAUUCAUACAAAUUCGAAGUCUUUCUCCACCGACCACCAUGAACUUUUUGAAAAUUUUCCUUCUUUUUUCCCUGCUUCCGGUUGCGUUUUCUCACGAGACCUUCGACUCCCGCCUCCUGCCGCGGCCGUUGAUCCUCGAAUACCCGGACAUCGCCGAGACCCACUUCAAUGAUUUGGAGAAUGAGCUCAGAUUACACUGCGACAGCUGGAGAUUUUCUGUAGAGGCAAACAAUGUCAAUCCCUGGAAAACAAUCCCGGAGGAGUGUGCCGGGUAUGUCAAGGAUUACUUGACGGGUCGGGCUUACGCAUACGAUCUCGAAAGGGUGUCUAAGGAGGCUGGGGUUUAUGCCAAGAGUGUUGAAUUGAAUGGCGACGGGAAGGAUGUGUGGAUUUUCGACAUUGAUGACACUUUGCUUUCCAACCUUCCCUAUUAUGCUGACCAUGGUUAUGGCUUGGAGGUGUUUGACACGGUGGAGUUUGAUAAGUGGGUUGAGAAGGCCAUGGCACCUGCUAUAAAGUCCAGCUUGAAACUCUAUGAAGAGGUCUUGAGUUUGGGAUUUAAGGUUUUCUUGCUCACGGGGCGCACCGAAGGGAAAAGGAAGGUUACUGUUGAGAAUCUGAACAAUGCAGGAUUCCAAGAAUGGCAUAAGCUUAUUUUGAGGUCCGCUGAUGACCACGAGAAAUUGGCGAUAAUUUACAAGUCCGAAAAGAGGAGUGAGAUGGAAAAGGAGGGAUACAGACUACUUGGGAAUUCCGGAGACCAGUGGAGUGAUUUACUUGGUACCUCAGUCGGCCUCCGCUCGUUCAAGCUUCCAAAUCCUAUGUAUUACAUUCCGUGAUAGGGCAGGCAUCGUUCGUUUCGAAACUCGUACCGAUGAAUGCGAAUCAAGCUGUCUUAGAAUUUUUGUGCAGCUUGUACUGAUUUAAUUCAUGAUGCCAUACACAAAUAAUACAGUGAAUUGUUCAUAUCAAACUGAAUCGUGUAUAGAGAGAAAAUUGUGAUGUAGUUCUUUGGAUGCUUGGAAUUGUAAAGGGCCACUUUUAUGAGUACUUGUCUCCUGAGUUGUAUUAUUAUGAAAGCGCUUUUAAAAAAAAAUGUUUAUGGGUAUCAAA